GUCACAAGCUAGAGACAGGACGAGAGGAACAAGCUGAACACAUUAAGGCACAAGAAGAAGAAAACAUUACGGUCUGGAAUGGCAUCAAGCUGCUUUCAAGGAACAACUUCAAAGUUACCUCUCUCGUCAGGAAACGACUGCAGCAAGAAUGACGAGGAGACACGGCUGCUUUCAUAGGAUGGACUUUCAUCUGAACCACAGGAUCUAGUGACCUUGGACCUGAUGGAGGACAAGAACGGGGACUGCCAGGUGACGGAGGAGACUGAGGUGGACUUUGAAAUAAGACAAACCAAAACUGACAGACAGACCCACAGCAACAGAUCCACGUGGACAAAUGGUCAGUGUGUCGCGGCGAUCCCGACCAGUUCGAUGUUCAACCCUCGAUUCGAUCUGUCUCUCUGCCGUGCCAAACUGGAGAGGGAUGGCUUUGAGAUUCCAGCCAGAGAAAUGGAGGUUGCACUGAAAAUAGCCCUGGAUGUCCCCUCAGUCCGAAGAUACAUGGUUUUCAACUCGGGGCUUUUCCAUUUUAUAAUGGCACCGGUGCUGUAUGUGGUGUUAUGGUGUGCGGUUUUCUCAACCCUCCACCUCUACAUCACCGUUGCCGACUUCUGGGUCCUCAUUCUCUCCGUCAGCCUCGUCUCCAUCUUCCUCACCACCGCCAUCAUCUUCGUUCUUCACUACAGUAAAAAAGAGAUCAACACCAACAUAGACGUUCGGUUGGUCCAGGUGAAUGAGAGGAUGAUGAAGCACAAAUUGUUGGUGGGGGUUGCAGACUGGGUGCAGAACUGCACCGGACACAUGCAGUUGUGCUUCGUGUACUGGGACAUGUCCCGCUGUCUGAGGACACUGACUGAUACGUUAGAGGAGCGCAGCUUCGUGGAAAGUGACACCCAGAAAACCAUGAAGAGCAGAAUGUCGCAUCUCGUCUUGGUGACGGAGCCCCAUCCCAUCGACCCCGAGCCCGGAGGUUCAGAUGAGGAGGAGGACUGUGAUGAAAACAGGCCUCUGCUGAGAAAUGAGGACACGGGAUGCAGUACGCCAUCCAGCCACACGGGGGCCCCAAAGGUCACCUCCAGCUAUAGCCUUGUUCCUGAAGUUAUGCUACCUGCUCAGGCUAAAGCGCACCAGCUCCUGGUGACCUACAGCGCCGCCUACGUGAAGCUGCUGGUGUCUGAGAGGCUGUCGGGGCCGUCCUGCCACCGCCUGAGGCCCCCGAGGAAUCACUGCACCACGGCCCCUCUCUGCCUCUGCCAGUACAUUAAAUACAAAGUUCUUCAAUGAGAAGGAAGAUUACACUGCAAAAAGGGAACAAAUAGUAAGUAGAACUGGUUACAUUUUAUU